AUGUGGUUCUCGAUGGUCGAAAGAAGUUUUGACGCGGCCGGAGUGACAGUUGAAACCACAAAGUUCGGAUAUGUACUCGGUACGUUGAGUGCCCGAUACGCCGCGGAAGUGCGCGAUAUAAUUAUGAAUCCGCCAGCAAACGAACCAUAUAAGGAGUUAAAGACAGAGUUUAUUCGUCGUCUCAGUGCCUCGCAGGAGCAAAAGACCCGUCGAUUGCUGGAGCAGGAAGAGAUUGGGGACAGAAAGCCGUCCCAGUUUUUGCGACACCUGCGUAUGCUGGCAGGUACCUUCAUGUCGGACGGUGUAUUGCGCACCCUGUGGAUGGGUCGGUUACCGGCCAAUAUGCAGGUGAUUUUAGCCACUCAGAGGGAUACGGUCUUAGACAAAGUGGCAGAGCUGGCGGAUGCCAUAGCGGAGACAAUGACGCCGCGUGUGCAGGUAGCAGAAGCCACAGCCGUAAUCCAUUCGCCCCGACCAGCGCCCACCGUCGAUCAGAAUUUGGAAUCGUUGCUUAAUGUAAAGAUGGCACAAUUAGCGCUGUCUUUGAGGCAGGAAAUUUCCGCGGUGCGCGAUUCCCUGUAUAAUGAGAGGUCGUCUUUCCGACGCGGUAGAUGGUUGCAACGUCGUCGGUCUAAUUCGCGAUAUCGUGGACGGUCUGCAUCGCGCUCGCGGGAUCGCGGAGAACAACCGGACUAUCAAGGGAAAUGCUGGUAUCAUUGGCGAUAUGGGUCGAAUGCACACAGGUGUGUAUCGCCCUGCAAUUGGACUCCGGCUCAGGGAAACGAGCAAGGGAGUCGUUGA